GCAUCUAAAUCGGUUUGGUCGGACCGAAUCGAAUAAUAAACAAUAAGGAAACUCCAUCUACCUGCGGUCGUGUUCCCUCGUAAAACCUUUCGUACUCUAAAUAUAUAUAUAUAUUAAAAUACAAUAACCGAAAGUCACCCUAAUAUACUUUCAAGUAAUCUUUCAUAUUUAAUGUUCAGUUGAAGCCAGGUUCUGCCACUUUAAUUCUAACCUUCAAACAACUUCGAUGCACGUGCAAUUUAAAUUAAAAAUAUUUUUAGUGUUAGUAUGAAUUUUUUAAAGUAAAAUGGACAGAAAAAGCAAACGUGGAAGUACUUUGCGUGCGAAUCGAUCUAAAAAAAAGACGAUUCCACGGCAAUAGAUUAUACUGUAAUAAUAUUUAAUAAUAAUUAAAGUGCAACAAUCCUGUUUUAUAAUGACGGAACUAACAGAAGUAUCUAGCAAUAAAAUAUUUGGAGGAUGGCAAAAAGUUUAUUCGCACGAAAGUUCCGUCCUAGGCUGUAAAAUGAAUUUUGCCAUCUUCCUUCCACCACAAGCAGAAGAAGUCUCUGUCCCAGUUAUCUAUUAUUUAUCAGGAUUAACAUGUACAGAGGCAAAUUUUAUACAAAAAGCUGGCGCUCAAAAAUAUGCUUCGGAGUGUGGUGUAGCUUUAGUGGCACCUGAUACUAGUCCUCGCGGAUUAAAUAUUCCUGGUGAUUCUGACAGUUAUGACUUUGGAGUUGGAGCAGGAUUUUAUGUAGAUGCGACUAAAGAUCCAUGGAAAAAAAAUUAUAGGAUGUAUAGUUAUGUUACUAAAGAAUUGCCAUCGUUGAUUAAUGACAAAUUUCCUAUUCUUUCGGAUAAACAGUCUAUAAUGGGUCACAGCAUGGGAGGUCAUGGAGCACUGAUCUGUGCAUUUAAAAAUCCAGGUAUGUACAAAUCGGUCUCUGCGUUUGCCCCUAUUAGUAAUCCAAUUCAGUGUCCAUGGGGUAAAAAGGCAUUCUCUGGCUAUUUUGGAGAAACAGAAAACAAUGUCUCGUGGAAUGACUGGGAUGCUACAGAAUUAGCUAAAAAAUACAAUGGCCCUCCUUUGGAUAUUUUAAUAGAUCAGGGAAAAGAAGAUAACUUCUUAAAACAGGGUCAAUUAUUGCCUGAAAACUUAUUGAAUGUUGCAAAAGAUGUUGGAUUAUCUUUGGUUUUAAGAUUUCAGGAAGCUUACGAUCAUAGUUAUUACUUUAUAGCUACAUUUGUCGAAGACCAUAUUAAACACCACAUGAAAUAUUUAAAAAAUUAAAAAUAUUUUUUUUGUUAAAAUUUAUAUCACGCGAGCUUUACUAAUAAUUAAAUUUCAAUAAUCUAAUAUUAAACAUAAAAUAAAUAGCAAAAUAAUAUCGAUGUACGAUUUUUUUUUUUCAUUUAAACAAAGCUACAGAUAAGUUACAUCUAUUACUUCUUACCUCGUUGUUUCCAUUUUUUAACAGUUUUCUCAUGAUACACAUAAGAAUUGUUAAUAAUAAAAAUAUAUUAAACGUGUUGAUACUUA